AUGUAAUUCUAUUCACAAUGGACUAAAGCCAAUGGCCAUUGCGCUUUCAGUAAUCUUGAUUUCUAUAGCUGGCAGGAGAGUAAUGUUUUAUACUCUUCGCAGUGUUACCAUAAUAAAUAAGUAUUUAUCAUAUUUGACUGCAUGAACGAAUAAUAAACAUUAUUAUAAAUUAUAAUUUCCACGAUAAAUAAGUAUAUAAACAUAACCUACAAUAAUAUAUAAUCGUCUGUUUGACAGUAAUAAAACUUGUCUGUUACAAUUAAAGAAGACAACCAGUGAAUGUUAUUGGUUAUUGUGAUUAAAAAGAAAUCGAUACAUAAACAAUUCAACAUUUUUUAAUUAUUUACCAACGCAAGGUUAAAUAUCUAAAAUAAAUUCCUGUUCUGUCACAGUAAUUACUUUCUUUUUUCAUAUCGUUCGAAACUUACAAAGAAGGCCAUCGCUAUCCGUUAAGUUUCUCUUUUUCCGAAAUAAAUACUAAAAUGAAAUAUUCCACUUCACCGCCAAUAAGUAGAUGCAAUUCACCCGGUCCAAGCGAGUUGGGCUUAAAUUUGCCAAUGCCAGUAACUUACAGGCAAGAUUGUAUGGGAGCUGCAACAAAAUGUUACAAAUAUUUAAGGAAGCUAUUGAAAUUUGAGCAAAUGGACUUUGAGUUUGCUUUAUGGCAAAUGAUCUUUUUGUUCAUAUCACCACAGAAAGUAUACAGGAAUUUUCAAAGUAGAAAACAAACCAAAUCACAAUUUGCAAGAGAUGAUCCUGCAUUUUUAGUACUGCUAAUGUGCUGUUUGUGUAUAUCUUCCGUUGGUUUCACGAUAGUUUUGGGUCUAGGAUUUUUUCAAUUCAUAAAGCUUCUAUUUUAUAUGAUAUUCAUUGAUUAUCUCGUGGCUGGUUUAGUAGUAGCCACAACAUUCUGGUUUAUAACAAAUCGUUAUUUAAGAAUCGACACAGCUCAGGACGUAGAAUGGGGUUAUGCAUUUGAUAUUCAUUUAAAUGCAUUUUUUCCACCUUUAGUGAUACUUCAUAUUGUACAGCUAUUUUUAUAUAAUGGACUCAUAAAUUCCGAUACAUUUUCAUCACGAUUUGUUGGAAAUACAAUUUGGUUGAUAGCUGUUGGUUACUAUAUUUAUAUUACU